GAGGUUGGUGUAAUUCAAUAAAAACGUGUAAUGCUCGAAAAGGAACAGCUUUAGGUUCUUCAAAGUACAUGGACCAAGUUCGAUUUGAUGGGAUUUUAAGCCGUCACCCUUCUCAAAAUCCUGAUUUUUAUAAUUGGAACAGAGUUCAGAUACGUUAUUGUGAUGGUGCAUCCUUUGCUGGCAACCCUGAAAGUGAGUUCAAGAAUGGAACAGAACUUUUCUUCAGAGGCCAACUGAUUUGGGAAGCAAUUAUGAAUGAACUCUUAUCACUUGGCUUGUCUGAGGAGAAACAGGCACUGCUUUCAGGCUGUUCCACUGGCGGGUUGGCAACUUUUAUACAUUGCGAUAAUUUUCGAGAUCAUCUGCCACAGGUUGCUACCGUGAAGUGUGUUGCAGAUGCAGGAUUUUUCCUUAACGAGCCAGAUGUUCUUGGAAUUCGAACCAUACUUGCUUUCUACCAUGAUGUUGUCACACUUCAGGGCGUAGCGAAAAAUUUAGGCAAGAACUGUGUCGGAAUAAUGGAACCGUUUAAGUGUGUCUUUCCUCGAGAAAUUAUAAAAAAUGUUAGGACCCCAUUUUUCAUUGUCAACCCAGCUUAUGAUUCUUGGCAGAUACAAAAUAUUUUAGUCCCUGUUGCAUCAGAUCCUCAGGGCUACUGGAGCAGUUGCAGACUGAGCAUUCAGAAGUGUGAUUCUACACAGAUCAAAAGACUACAAGGUUUCCGUGAUUCUAUGCUCGAGGUAUUAAGCAUGUUUCAGGAAAACAAGGAAGGGGGAAUGUUUAUAAAUUCCUGCUUUGCUCAUUGCCUGACUGUGAUGGAUACAUGGCAUUCACCUCAUUCUCCAAGAAUCAACAAUAAGGUAAGCAAUGAUUUACCAUGUACUGCAUUAUGAAGAUGAAAAUGAUAGUGUUAUG